AGAGCCCCAACAAAGGCAUAAAUCGUUUAUCUCCCUUAUUAAUAUUAUUAGAAAAAAUGGUAGUCAAAGUUCAUGGUUCAGUGAGGGCAGCUUGCCCUCAGAGGGUUUUGGCCUGCCUUCUCGAGAAGGAUGUUGAAUUCGAGAUUUUCCACGUCGAUCUUGACACGGGAGAGCAUAAGAGACCAGAAUUCCUCCUCCGACAGCCGUUCGGGCAAAUACCAGCUAUAGAGGAUGGCGACUUGAAGCUUUUUGAAUCUAGGGCAAUCAUAAGAUACUAUGCUGCCAAGUACGCAGACCGUGGUCCAAACCUGCUGGGAAACUCCUUGGAAGAAAGAGCAGUCGUCGACCAGUGGCUUGAAGUCGAAGCACACAACUUCAAUGACUUGGUGAAGACUCUCGUGUUUCAAAUUGUCAUCCUGCCGCGAAUGGGAAAGCAUGGUGACUUGGCCUUGGCGCACAAAUGUGAGCAACAGCUGGAGAAAGUCUUCGACAUCUACGAGCAACACUUGUCGAAGAGCAGCUAUCUCGCCGGAGAUUCAUUCACCUUGGCUGAUCUUAGCCACCUACCAGCCAUUAGAUACUUGGUAAACGAUGCUGGAAUGGGGCAUUUGGUGGCGGAAAGGAAGCAUGUGAAUGCGUGGUGGGAGGACAUCUCUAACCGGUCUGCAUGGAAGAAGCUAAUGGAGCUGGCUAAGUACUAGUUUGUUUCCAGUAUUUUAAAUCUUUUGUACUUGUUGCCGACCUACUCUUACGAAUAAAAAGUCUUCUACCCCUUUCGCGCACCA